UGCUUGCUAAACUACAUCCAAACAGUGGCGGGCCCCGGCUGCCUCCGCCGAGGUUGGCGGUGUGUAACCUGCCUAACGAGAUUAGCGGGGAAGGGGCUCUCUCUGCUCUGCAGCCACGCCGCCGCCAGCACCGGUGAGAAAAGCGGCCGCACGCCGGGUUUGCCAAGGUUUUGUCUGAAGAAGGAUUAUAAACUUUUCAUGGGAAACUCUGCACGGUGCGUUCAGUGAGAUGGCAUCAGACAGCGAGGUAAAAACUCUGCUGAACUUCGUUAACCUGGCUUCGAGCGACAUCAAAGCGGCUCUGGAUAAAUCAGCUCCUUGUCGCCGGUCAGUUGACCACAGAAAAUACCUGCAGAAGCAGCUCAAGCGGUUUUCUCAGAAGUACUCACGGAUCCCCCGGUGUCACCCCAGCAAAGCCCCCGAGUGCGGCUGGCGCAGGGCGGCGGAGGACCGGGCCCGCGGCGCCCAGCCCGAGGCACCUGAGCCCAGCUCCCACGGCGGGGCUGCCGCCGAGAAGGUGAUGCAGACAGCCGAGGCAGAGGAGAGCCUCACCGGGGAACGCGUUUUGCAGGAACAAAAAGCCGAGGCUGCCCGACCGGACCAGGUGCCCAUGAGGAAGCGACAGCUCCCCGCCUCCUUCUGGGAAGAGCCACGGCCGGCCCAGAGCCUGACGGCCAGAGCCUUUCCUGCCAGCCCCGAGGGGCUCCAAGUGGCCAGAGACCCUCCUCCUUACGAGGGGAAGAAAAGCAGAAGGAGCCCGGACGCUGCAGGUCCGGAGAGCCCUCCUGACACCGCGCCCCAUGCCGGGGAGAAGGAGCCCGGCGGGGCCCUCUCGGGCCGAGUGGGCGCUUGGACCUGCUGCCCCUUCCCCUGCCCCGGGCCGGGCGUGUACCAGCCCCCGCUGCCCCCGUCGCCCUUCCCGGGGCUGGGGCUGUGGAGGAAGAGUGCGGCCAUGCUGCCGGCGGAGGUGCCGCACUUCGGCAAGGAGGCCGAUGGCCCGGGGCAGAAACUCUACAGGCCCAUGGUUCUGAAACCCAUCCCCACCAAGCCCGCCAUCCCCCCACCCAUCUUCAAUGUUUUUGGCUAUCUUUAGCGGGGCGGGUGUCGGAGUCAUGCCGACCACGACAGCCCCCGAGGGGGAUUUACAAGGCCCGGCCAGCUCUGGGCCCGGGCUGCUGGCAGCGCAGGGCAGGAGGCCGGCGAUCACACCUCGUGGGCGGGCUGGAGGGAACGGUAACUGCUGGGAGCGUACCGGGGCUGCUCUCUGCCCUCCGUGCCCGGUACAUCGGGAAUAAACUUGCCAAGCCGGUGGCACGGAGCAUGAGGCACACCGGGGCUCUUUCAUCGACGGGCAUUCUGUGAGCCGCGGCGAGCGGGGCUGCGGGCCAUUCACAGCCGCACUUGUAACACCUAGGAGACCUCCUCCACGUGGGAACAUCUUCCUGGGGCUGCCCUGCGGCAGCAACGGUGAAAUGGAAUGAAUUAAAUGCAUUCAAAGAGUUUUUGUACUUUAAAGCAAUUCCAGAGAAGUCAAGAUAUUCAGGUCAUUUCGUUUUGUAUGCGAGAGACUGGAAGGAUGGUAUUUGAUAAUCACUCGUGAUUGAUUUAAGCUCUUGCUGUAUGUAAAUACUGAGAGAAUUAAAAGAAAAAAAAAUAAGAGAAGAAAUAAGGUAAUUUUAUUUUGGUGAUGCUGCAAAUGCAGUCUUAGUUUUGCCCCACUUUUUGGGUAGACAUGGGUUUGAUUUGCAACUGGUGGGGAGAUACAAGGGUGGAAAUCUCUGCCUAUACAGGUUGAUAUAAAUCAGAAGUAAUUCUUUCAGGGCUAGGAUAUUAGCUAGUGCAAAGCUAGUGCAACUGGAAGCAGGAUGAAUUUCCACAUCAGGAAUUGCUCUGCAUCAACAGAAUAAAUGAGGAAUCUUAUCAGUUUAAUACAAAACCAUUAGGAGUGAUGGAAGAAAAAAGUAAAAAGACUGCCUUGAUUUCUGGCUGAGAGAUAUCUUUUAUUUUGCCUGAUUUUAAGAUGUUAUCACAACACUUGGCUGUAAAUGUUUUGCCUAGUAUUUUUCUAAUUUUUGAAACAAAAUGGCAUUGGAGAAUUUAUUAGGAAGCGUUUUUAAGUUAGGUUUCUUUUAAACCCAUGGAGAAAGUGGUACUGUGACACAGAGCAUGAGAUAUGAGAGGUUUAAUACUGCAGGUGUAUGUAUCUAUUCGGCUAUACUGGAGUAAAUCACUGAAGUCGAGAGAAGUACAUUUUGGGCCAAAGAAUGGACACCUGUGAUCUCCAGAGCCUGAACCUGCUGUUGCUGAAGCUAAUGGGAACUUCUCCCAGGACUUAAUAAAAAGUGGCUUUGAUUGGUUUGAUCUAUGACUAGCAUAGCUCUCUAUGAUUCCUGAUGUCUCUACAAGGGGAAAACCAGAAAAUGCUUUAUUUGAGCGCAUUGUAGUAAUUAAAAAAAAUUAAUCUAUAACAAUUAUAGAGUAUCAUUUGGUAUCUUCUGAUGUCCUUGGUGCUAAUAAUGCCAAGGGAUUUGAUCCCUCUAUGGGCCAUUCAUUAAGAGUUGGACUUGGUGAUCCUUGUGGUUCCCUUCCAACUUAAAAUAUUUUGUGAUUCUGCUCCCAGGCUAGAAGUGGUUGACUCUUUCCUCAAACCUCACGUAUCCCACCAGUGUUCACUUUUAUGGAAACAAUGUCUGUAAUGUGUUUGUAGUGCAGGUGAACAAUAGAAACAGAGAUGGCUUUCAUUGCUUUCUCCCUGCUACGGCACUUGAUAUGUAUCAAGCCAGUAUAGACUGUAGGAGAGAGAGCAAGAAAUGUCUUUGGUAGCAUGUACCUGCAACUAAAUGCAAGGUACGAGGUGCUAAAGAGCUAAUCUGGGGGUUAAAAACAUCAGGUUAGCUGUUGAUCCAGAAGUGAAGAUAGGAACAUACAGUAAUUUCACGAUUAUAAAGCCGCACCAUUUUGACUAAAAUUUUGG